CCUAUCAGUCCCUAAUGUUCAGGAAUCACACAAUGAACGACAGACAGAAAUGAAUUUAUUUAGUUUUCAACUCGAUGCGCAGCUGCGUUUCAAGGCAAAGAUGGACACCCUCCAUUCGGUGCUGGUGUUUUAGCUGUUAACAGCGUUUUUGCUGGGUCCAUUUUGCGUGUGUAGCUUGGAAGUGGAGAAAAAAAAAAAAAAAAAAAGACAAAGAGAACAGAGCUCUCCCAUAGCUAGAAUGGUUUGGGCCUAAAAAGAAGACAAGAGCAACAUGAACCGUGAGGACCGGAAUGUGCUCCGAAUGAAAGAAAGAGAAAGGAGAAAUCAAGAAAUCCAGCAGGGAGGAGGAGAGGCCUUUCCAGCAAAUUCACCUCUCUUCCCUGAACCCUACAAAGUGUCCAGCAAGGAAGAUAAACUGUCAAGCCGUAUUCAGAGCAUGCUGGGCAAUUACGACGAGAUGAAAGAGCCGAUUGGUGACACACUUCCUAAGAUUGGCGGUAAACCAUCUAACAGCUCGUCUUCCUCCGAGGAGAAAUCGGGCCCACCUUUGUUUGGCGGGGACCAGCGCGGCGUCGGUAGCGGUGGCAGCAGCCAGAGCAACAAGUGGACUCCUGUUGGCCCCGCAGCAGGUAGCUCUUCGUCCCAGUCCCAGAAACGCUCAGGACUCCAGGGCGGCCACGGUAGCCAGAGGAGCAGCGGCAGUAGCGGCAGCAGCAGCAGUAGCCAAAGACACGGAGGGGAGGUGCGGGAAAAGAAGUCGAGUAAACACAGCGGAGGGUCGGAGCACUCCAAGUCGCACACGUCGAGUCCGGCCAAGGGCUCGCUGAGUUCCUCAGGCAGCAACAGCCACUUGCGGAGCUCCUUGGCUGCCGAGCAGCAUCACAGCAAGGAGCGCUACCGCUCCAAGUCCCCGCGAGACAGAGAGGCCAACUGGGACUCUCCCUCACGGGUUCACACCUCCUUCCCCACCGGACAGCACUCGAGUCAGGCUUUUCCCCCCUCUCUCAUGUCCAAGCCCGGCUCCAUGCUGCAGAAGCCCACAGCGUAUGUGCGGCCUAUGGACGGCCAGGAAACAGCAGAACCCAAGAGCUCGCAAGCAGAAAGCUACAGUGGACAGUCGCACAGCAGCACCAUGGGAGAGAUGAAGUCCAACAGCAAGGCCUCACUUUCAAAACUCAAGAUCCCCUCACAGCCUGUGGAGGGAUCUGGUGACGCCAACUGUGUUGAUGAGAUUCUGAAGGAAAUGACUCAGUCGUGGCCCCCUCCGCUGACAGCCAUCCACACCCCCUGCAAAACAGAGCCCUCCAAGUUUCCAUUCCCAACCAAGGACUCUCACCCUUUUCCCAGUGGGCACAAGCGAGGUAGUUCGUCCAAGAGCUCCAGCAGCCACCAGUCUAAAGCUUGCGAAGACCAGCCCACUGUACUGGAAGAUGACCUUAAGCUCAGCAGCAGUGAGGACAGUGAUGGAGAACAGGACUCUGCAAAGAAUGCCUCAAGGAACACUUCAGCAAGCAAUAACAGUGAAGGAGCGGAGCAAUCCAGGGAUGAUUCAAGCAGCCACAGCGGCUCGGAGAGCAGCUCGGGCUCCGACAGCGAGAGUGAAAGCAGCACGACAGACAGCGAAGCCAAUGAGCCCCCGCGGCCCGCCUCCCCGGAGCCUGAACAACCCAUGGCCAACAAAUGGCAGCUGGACAACUGGUUCAAGAAGGCCAAGCAGUUCUCUCCAGCCUCUCCAGCGGACAAUAAUGUCCCAACCAAGUGCAAGAAAGAGGGCAGGGACAAUGGCUCAGGACGCGGCUAUAGCAGCCAGGUAGGGGGAUCAAAAGACUCAGCGGCACCCACCCCAAGCAGGGACCUACGGGCGGCACAAAAGGGUGCAGAGGGUGGCCGUGGCCGGCAAAAAUCCCCCGCCCAGAGCGAGGGGGGCACAAAUCCGCGAAGGAGUACGGGUAAAAAGCAGCCUAAAAAGUCUGAGAAGCCCCCAGUGGUGGAGGAACCCAAGGGAGGACUGAGGGUGGAGAGUGAGCCGGCUCCAGAGAUACCUCCUCAUCGGCCUAAAGCUGCUACUAAGGGUUCCCGCAAACCCAGCAUCAAAAAAGAACCCAAAUCCUCUCCGAGGCCCACUGCGGCCGCUGUCACUACCACUGCAGAUAAACGCAAGGCCAAGGCACCCACAAAGACUUCCCAGAAGUCUCGUGAGUUUGUCGACACGGACUCUUCGUCGUCGGACUCCGAGGGGAACGACAGCAUCCCGUCGUCGUCGCAGACGCCCAAAUACACGGAGAGUAUCAGGACCCCCGUGUGUGUGUUUUCUCCAAUGGAAGAAAAAGAGCUGCUGUCUCCCCUCAGUGACCCUGAGGAGCGCUACCCUGCAAGGCAGCCUCAGCACCAGGUUCUACUAGUGAAGAUAGAUCUCAGCUUGCUGUCUAGGAUCCCGGGGCGGCCCUACAAGGAGCCUGCAGAGAUAAAAGUGGAGAGGGACGACUCUCUAGACAGGGACAGCAAAGACUUCAGCAAACAGAGCUCUGAGAAGAGCUCGAGUAAGGCCAAGAGGAAACACAAGAACGACGAAGACGGCACAAAGCCAGAGAGCAAGCGUUGCAAGCUAGAGGAGAAGUCCCUAUCUCAUCAUAAAAACAGCAGUAAAGAGUCUAAGAGGUCUAUGGAGAAGAAAGAGGAGCCAGUCCCCUCCCCUUCCAUAUCAGGUCUUCAGCGGACGCCCAAGGCAGAGCAUCCGAGUCGAAAGAGGACAGUCAGCCAGUCCUCCACGUCUUUGUCUAGCGGGACAGGAAGUGGGAAGGAGGGAAGCCACAGCACCAAGGGCAACUCCACCUCCAAACACAGAAAAGGAGAGGACAAGGGACGCAGCACACGCGAGGGCAAGGAGAAAUCCUCAAAGGGCUGCGAUAACCAGCUGGCUGUGCCUCCGCUCUCCACGGACGGCUCCAAGUCUCAGAGAUCCAAGCUGGUGUUUGAGGACAGGGUCCAUUCGGCAGAUCACUACUUACAAGAGGCCAAGAAACUGAAACACAAUGCAGAUGCACUGCUGGACCGCUUCGAGAAGGCCGUUUACUACCUGGACGCUGUGGUGUCGUUCAUUGAAUGUGGUAAUGCUCUGGAGAAGAGCGCUCAAGAAGCAAAGUCUCCCUUCCCCAUGUAUGCUGAAACGGUGGAGCUUAUCAAAUACACUAUGAAGUUAAAAAGCUACCUGGCCCCAGAUGCUACUUCAGCGGACAAGAGGCUAGCUGUGCUUUGCCUCCGAUGCCAGUCCCUCCUCUACCUGCGGUUAUUCAAGCUGAGGAAAGACAGCGCACUAAAAUACUCCAAAACACUCACCGAACACUUAAAGAAUUCUCUGAGUAACACCCAGGCUCCCUCUCCUGGAAUGGGAAACAAGGCAGCGGGUAUGCCCUCUCCAGUGUCUCCCAAACUGUCGCCUGGUACGGCCGGUGGCUACUCGUCAGUCAGCAGCAGCAGCAGCGCCAGCUCGUCUGUGACCAUACCUCAGCGUAUCCACCAGAUGGCCGCCAGCUACGUCCAGGUCACCUCCAACUUCCUGUACGCCACCGAGGUCUGGGACCAGGCGGAGCAACUAUCCAAGGAGCAGAAAGAAUUCUUCUUGGAGUUGGACAAGGUGAUGGGUCCUCUGAUCUUCAACACCAGCAGCAUGACAGAACUGGUGCGUUACACGCGGCAGGGCCUCCACUGGCUGCGACUGGACGCAAAGCUUAUUCCCUAGCAAGCACUCGUUCCCUGCUCGCUGCUUCGUCACACACACACACACACACACAGACGCACACACACCUCAGCUUCUUGAGUUCAGCAACGUGUGCUCAAAGACAGUCACGCACGCCCUCACAGACAGACACACAUACAAUGAUGUACUGUACGCACGCACACACACAAACAAACAGUCCACCUCUGCUCCUCCAUGUAAACACACACACACGUGAUGAACUUCUCAGACAUAUCUCCAACACUGUGUCCAUUUUCUACACCAGCUUGCCAAAAACACUGAGCAGUCUAGAGCAUCUCACGCCGUCGACAGCACCACACAGGGAGAAACAUCGGAAAACUGCAGCACAGGAACUAAAAAAGAAGAAGAAGAAAAAAAAAAAAAAAAAAAGCUUAUCGCCAUGCUUCAUAUAUCGGCAUUCUUACAAUCUUGGCAUGGAAGCGCUGGGUGAUCUAUUUGCUAUGAAAACGCUUACAAAUGGGGUUUGGUUUUUAGGCUACUUUGGCUUUUAACUUUUUGUUUUACUUUGUUUCACCAAAGUACCUCCCAUAAACACCAAAGGUGCUUUAAAAUGAAGGUUUCUCUUUAUCAUUUUUGUGCCUUGUAUGUGAGUGACAGGAAAACAAACAGCCACCCAUCAUAUCUGAAUUUUUUAAUUAUUUUUUGCUUUAACUAAUUUUAUGCAUUUUUAAAAAAUUAUUUAACAGUUAAUGGAAGCUGGCAACAUUCAUGAUUUUGAUUGCAAUCUUUCAGUUUUAAGUCACGUCCUGUUAACACAUUUUAGAGCAAAGAUGGAGUUGGCCACAAAUGAAGCUACAUUGCACCAUCAUGAUUUAUCUUUCCUGCAAAGUCUCUAGGCGCUAUAGCUUAAUCCUGGACUGUAGGAAGGGCUACUGUGCACAGCAGAUUAAUACUUCUGACACACACAUAUUUAUAAAUGUUCUCUUUAUCGAUCAGCGUAUUAGUUUUUAAACAGUUGUUUUUAUUUCCCGGAAUCAUGAACUAAUUUAAUCCCGGCUAGAAAAUGAAAUGUUGAUCAGUUUGUUCAAACCACUGUGGUCCGGUUUAAUGCAAGGAGCAGCAUGCCCUCUAGGGGGCGCUAGCAGGAGCCUUUAGCCUCUUGGUCCCUUUAAUAAAAUUGAUCUUGUCAAUGUUCUCUCUAAGAGAUUUGCUUUCUUUUUAAGCUCCAGGAUACGAGGCCACUUCCUAUGAAAUGUUUUUACACUUGUAGCGACAUUGUUCAUUGAGAAAUUUCCUUGAGGAAGAGUGACUUCCAGACGGUGUUAUUCAUUGUUUUGAUCCCUUGUUUGCUCAGAGUGUAUUUUUCUAAGGAACAGCAGGGAGUGUCUUAAGUAUUGAAGAUCACUUCCACACACACACACACACACACACACACACACACACACACACACACACACACACACACACACACACACACACGCAAUGCAGUUAUUUACAGUGCAGUUUAUACAAAAUGGGCCUGAAUGACCACUAAUUUGAAACAACAAAAUCAAGCAAAUCUGUAAGGAAAUAUUUAGAGGCAAACUCAUCAGUGUUGCAUUUAUAGAUAAAAGAGUUUUAAAUCUAUCAUUAUAUAUUUCGAAAAAGAAGUAUAACGGCCAAUAAAGAUUUUAUUUAUAUACCAAGCAGUUUUUUUUUUUUUUUUUUUUUCUUCCUCUGGCCACGCAGAAGUAUAACUUUUUCAAAUGCAUUCUUUUAAAACAGGGUUGAACCAAGGGUUAUGAGAUGCAAAGUAUUUGUUUGUGUAUGUCAUUUUUAUUUUUUUUUUUCCUAUUUAAAUUUUAAUCAUACUUGUAUUACAAGGCGGUAGAUAAGAAACGUUUUCAGUUAGUCGUUAGGCGGGUAAAGACCGACUGAGUAACAGUGAAUGCCGGCUGUCCAGAUAUCAACAUCUCUCUUGUUUAAAAUGACUGGUUGUCAUCAAGGGAUAUGUGGAUGGCAGUGGUUUUUGAAUGAAGACGUUAACAUUUCACCCAAGAUUCAGUGUGUUUUGUUAAUUGUCAAUGACAUGAAGGACUGUGCUUUUUUUUGUGUGUAUGUUUUUUAAGCUCACUUCCACUUAAAACAUGCUGGAAACAUUUAAGCCUGGGUCAAAUAGUAUUCAUGGAAACUAUGGUUGGUUAUGUUUUGGUUAAUGGCAGACGAGUUUGGAAAAGAAGAAAGUGCCAGAAAGUUUCAGACCUGCAAUAGUCUUGUUUCUUUCUGACACUUUAUUUGUAUCUUUCCAUCAUAAAUGUGGUGUAUUGUCCCUUAAACGUACACCCUUUUCAUCUCAAGGUAAAACAAAGCUGAAGAAUUGUACUAUUUGACCAAGGUUUGACCUUUUUUUUUUUUGUUGUGUUUUGUAUUUUCUUUCAUUCACUGGCUCCCUGGCCUUAAUUGUAGGAGGGGAUACUGUUAUUUCCUCUGGCACUUGAAAAAGAGAAAGCCAGAGGGGGUAUUAUUUUAUCUAUGCAGGAUUUUUAACAAAAAAAAAAAAAAAGGAUCCGUUUCUGUGGAAAACUUUUUGGCUUGGGAUUUUUUUUCCCUGCUUCUUUUUCUUGCCUCAGUGAGAAACCUGUUGAACUCAAGUGUCCAAUGCCUUUAGCUUUUUGCAAUUUUGUGUACUGGUUUAGUAUAUAUGUGUAUAUAGAUCUGUUUUUUAUAACCAAACACAGAUGGCUUGAGCCAUUUUGUACUUAAAGCUGGAGGCCACUUUUCUCAUAGGGAUUCCUCUGUGGGUUUUGCCAGCCCAGUCAAUGUCUUCAUACACUGGUACACUUUGUAAGUACAGGUCCGCGCCUUGUGUUCCCUACACUAUCUUGUAGUCAGAUGUACAAAAAUUUAGCAUUAGAGUAAUUUUUAACAGUUUGCUACUCACACUUAUUUAUUUUUCUGCCCCUUUGCCUAAUAUUUUUUUUUUCUAUUUUGCCAUUUUAAGGAGUUCCAUUUUAUGAAAUGAGGAAGAUGUAAAUGUAUUGGGGUUGUUCAUGAUGAGAUUUCAUUGUAAGUAGUAAUUAAUAUUAAUUCUAACUUGAAAGAAUCCAGGGUAAGAUGAGUUUCUUUUUUUUUUUUUUUUUUUUUUUUUUGGACAUUCAGUAGGAAGAUGUUAACACUUGCAUGUUUCUAUUUAAAUACAAAUGUAUAAAUUGUAAAUAUAACAUUUCUUUAAGGGUGAAUUUCUACUACAGGUUGACAUUUUUAUUGAAAUUUAAAAAUGCUGUAAAUACAUUUGUGAGAUACUUUAUGCACAUUUUUUGUCCCCCCCACUGUGGGCUUUUUUGUUCUCUUAUUCUUCCAAGCUGUUACAGAGAACAUCCCAGUCUCUUAACACUGUAUAUCAAAUUUAUUUCUCAGUCCUUUUUCUUACUCGUGCUCGUAUUCUUUGUCUUCUGCUUCACUGUCUCCCAGUAUCACGGUCGCCACAUAAUCAUUAAUGUCUCUAGAUCCAAGUGAGAAUAUUUGGUCUUCUCUGUAUUUGAUAUGGAGGCGUGUUCUUUUCAUGAAAUGUAUAUUGUUAAGCUCAUGGGAUGGAUGGAUGGUGUGUACAGUCCGUUGUGUAAAACCACGUCUGUUUCCUCCUCACGAGAGAGAGAACGAGAGAUGUAUUUACUAUGUGUCCCUUUUGAACAAUUGGUCCAACAUGUUUUUUGAAACAGAGGUAUUUCUCUACAGGUCAAAACAGUUGUAGCAGUUUAUACAGUAUGUUGUAUAACACCUUUUUUCUAAAAGUCGUCUCUAAAGUGAGACCAGCAGCAUACACUAUGUACAAUAGUCUAAAUUGGAUUAGUUUUACGAGAACUGAUGAUAGAGAUACUAUAUAUGAUGGAUGCAAUAUGAUUAAAGGUACUCAUUGAGUUUGAUCUUCAAACUUAGGUUAUGUAAUUUAAAGCAUUCUUGUGAAGUGAGUAUUAAUUGUGACUAAUGAGAGUCUGUCCUGAAUAUUCUUUGUAUUUUGCCGUAUUGAGAAUAAAAUAUA